AUGCCCAGUGGGGCUGUCAGUCUGUCGAUGUGUUUGGCACUGAUGGUCUGCACUCACCAUAACCCCAGAGCAGCCUGAAUGUCACAAGCAGGCGGUGACAGGCUGAGGAGGCCACUUGCAGGUGGUCAACAGGGAGUGCCAGUGUCCCUGAAUGCCUGGAUCCCUGAUCUAUGCCAGUCCUUGCACCCCAGCUUGUGGCAGGUUCUGUGGGAGUGAGAAGGUGGACCCAGGGAUGGUGGGGUGAAUAGACAGCAAGGACUGACUCAGUGCCCUGGGCUUGGGGGUGGGGCUCGGGGGUUAGGACUUGUUUCGAUUGCUCCUAGACUGACAAAGGGGAAGGGUGUUAGUGACAGCUGAAGGUGAGACAGGGAGGAAAGCAACCAGGCUGGAGGGGCUGCGACACUGGAUGGGCCGUCCAGGUGGGGACCCCAGAGGGUCCUGAGAAGAAACGAGGUGAGGCCCCUGCAGUGAGCAGAUGCCCACGACUGGUGGUACAUCCUGUGAAGAUCUCUGUCCUGGGCAGUGGGGACGAGGGAGGCCAGAGUCCCCACUUGAGCAGCUUCUGUCGUGCAGGUGAGUGGACAGUCGAGUGUUAAGUGCAUGUGGCAGGCACAGCAUGAAGCAGGGGCAGGAGGCCUUGGGAAGAGGCAGCUCUAAGCCCAGGGCUGAGGUGGGAGCAAGGGUCCAGUGUGGGGCAUGGACACAGCCACGCUGAGGUGGUGCCCCAAGCCAUGGGCAUAGCUGUGCAAAGGCCCUGGGGCAGGACCAUGUUGGAGGAACAGAGGAGAGAGGCCUGUGUGUGUGGAGCAGAAUGAGCAAGUGGGCGAGAGGGAGGAGGGGAAGGAAGGGAGGGGAUGGGGGAGGUCAGGCAGGGCCUGGUGGGCUGAGGAGAGGAUUUGGGCUUUUACCCCCAAGGAGGUGGAACAGGACCAGGUUGCUGUGUGGAGACCUGGACACAGGUGGGAAGAGACCAGGGAGGAGGCUGUGCCCUGGCAGGUGCUGGCCGCACUGUGGCCACAAGCUGCUGGAGAUGGUGAAAGACAGCAGGUUCUGGAUUUGUUCAUUAUUGUGUGUGUGGUGAAAUGUGCAUAACAUAUUAAGGUGUACAAUUCAGUAUGUUUUUAGUAUGUAUACUACGUUGUGCUACCAUCAUCACUGUUCAGUUCCAGAAUUUUCCAUCCCCGAAAAGAAGCCCUGUCCCCAUCAGCAGUCACCCCCUCUUCCCCCUCCCCAGCCCCUGACAACCAGAAACCCACUCUGUGUCUGUGGGUAGGCCUGUUCUGGACGUUUCCCGUCAGUGGAGUCACACCCUGUGUGCCCUUCUGUGUCUGCUGCUCUCAACUGAGCGUCGUGCUUUCAGGGUCAUGUCAGGGCGUCACUCCACUCUGUGCUGAGACGCGCUCCGCGCAUGGAGGAAACCUGCGUGGGGUUUCUGUUCUGCGGUUGGUGGGCGUUUGGGUUGCUUCCACUCUGGCUGUGGUGGCUGGUGCUGUUGUGAACACACGUGUGUAGACUCUCUGGGUAGAGGCCUGGAUGCGGGGAGAAGGUGGGGCUGAGAUUGUGGAAGAGAAAUUCAGAAAGUUGGUUCUGUUCCAAGAUGCCCCUGUGGGGGUGUUGGGGGACAGAGAAGAGGCAAGUGGACCGAGCCCCAGGCCGGCCCAACCCAGGAGCUCCACCGCAGGCCCCUCUCCUGAGGGAGGGAGGCAGUGGCUUGGCUGAGGGCCAGUAGGCCCAGCUGUUGCCAGGACACUGGGGUGGCCUUUGUUGCUGUCAACAAUGGCCCCACAGGACUUGGAGGCAGGAGCCCCCAGGCACGCAGAGGCAGACAUGCAGACCCUGAGGCGGCAGGCUGCCUGGCCCUGUGUCCCCCGGGAGACCCUGGAAGUGGAUUUCCCUCCACCUCUCUACAGCGAUGACUACCUGUCCCAGGAGGGGCCCCGCUGGACUCCGGCCAUUAAGCAGGCCACGCGCUGGAAGUACACGCCCAUGGGACGCGAUGCGGCCGGCCAGCUAUGUUACACGGGCCUGACCAACUCGGACUCCCGGGAAGCCUGGUACACGCUCCCACGGGCUCCGGACAGCCCGUACCGUGAGGCUUAUUCCCGCUGGCACGGAUGCUAUGGCCACCGGGAGCGCAGCCUGCCUUCGGCCUACACCCAGCGUGUGCGGGAGACGGCCUGGUACGACCCCAUCAUCCCCGCACAGUACACAGACCCCAGCACUCGGUGGGGAAGCGUGCUGUGGAAGGACAGGCCCAUCAGGGGCAAAGAAUUCGCCGUCAACAGGCACCGCUUCGGGGUGGAACCGCUAUGGCGGGCGUCUGACUACGUGCGGUACUUGUCAGCGCCCCAGCGCCCGCGCUACACCACCCAGAACUACCGGCAGUGGGGCCUGGAACCCUACUGUCCCGCUACCAACCAGCGGCCCCCGCCUGUCUACACACCCAGUCACUGA